AUACUUUCUGCUACCUUCAGUAGCUGUUUUAUUUUGUUCUGCUGUAGUAAUAUUAAAAUAUUAUCCUGUUCAGCAUUGAAGUGUUUGUAUACACAAUCUCUUACUCCAUUAUCAAGGGCAUUUUCUCCAGUGUGUUUUGUUAAGUCUUUAGUAGGGGUAUAGCAGGAUGUUCAGAAGAUUAUGUGCCUAAAACUUGAGUAAAUAGUUGUAUAACUUGAACAUGGACAUGAUUUAACUGCCAAGUAACAAUGCCAAUAAAAUGACAUCAUCUACUUUAGUGGCUGUUUGUCUAAAUUUCAAAGUACUUCUAAAAAGGAACUGAAACCUUCAAGAUCUAGAAAAGGUACCUCACUUGAUGAUCUCUAAAGGAAAACACCAUUAAUGACAAAAUGAACUGUCAGAGUUAAUUCCUAUUCACUGUUUUCAGUACCAAAGGUAAUAAGGCUUAAUUUGUGGUGUUUUGGAGAAAACAGUGACAAGCUUAGAUUCCAUGUUUUUCACUUCAGCUAUCCCUUGUACCAUAGUUCUGUCAUUAGAAUUAUCACUCUGCUUUUGAUCUAUAAAGGAUUUGGCUGUUUUAAGAUUAUGAUUGUGGGGUUUUUAAGCUGUAACAUAAUACUUAUUAGAUUGUCUGAUCCAGCCAGCUUCUGUUCUUCCAGCAAUUUGAGCUAUUUCAGUGUUUACAGGCAUGAAGCCACACACUUAAUGAUUCCAUUUAAACCUUUUAUAUAACAUUAGUACUUGAGUAUUGCUUUAUAGCUCAGCAUGAUAGAAUUUAGUAGACUUAAGAGUGAAUAUAGUUUGACAGUUUUUAACAAGCUUUCUGUUAAGCAUUAAACAGUUCUAGUAAUGUAUAUAAGGCUUUGUUCAUUUUCUGCUUUCUCAGUGUUAGUAAAUCUAAAGCUGUCCAAGGUGCAACUGGGAAGAGUAGGUCUGUGUCACCCCCAAGUUAAAGUAGGUUGAAAUUGGAUGUUGUGUUCUGCCAACAAACCCUCACUGGAGGAUUCUAAUGCAUUCCUAUAAUUAUAGCAAUGCAUUAGCCAGUAUUUGCAGAUGCAUUUAACUUUUGGGGUGGAAAGAAAUUGACUUAAUCUCAAAAAUGCCUGAGAUUUGAGGAAGCUUUAAUGUAUUCUCUUGAGUCUGUGGACUAAAUGCCUUUGGUUUUUUUAAUUACUUACAUUGUAAAUGGUUUCUACAUCCAUGUUUCUGGCCCUCUGAAGAAUGCUGUGGGUAGGUGAUGGAGACCCAAGUGAAUAUAGUAACUAAACUGUUUUAAGUAAUAAGUAUUCUACCUGUUCUUCAUACUUGCAUUUUAAUACAAAUAUGAUAGAUAUCCACUGAUGUGGUACUGAGCAGCUGCAGGUGUAAAGAAGAGAGAAAAGGGAAGGAAAUUCAGAAUUGUGAUUCUCAAAACGGUACUAAUGUGGCUGGUGGGGGUUUUCUGCUGUGUGAGGACCAGCCUGGAGUUUGCAAUCUGCUCUGCUCGAGGUGGCUGACAAAUAUCCAUGUGAACUAAAAGUUUUGGCUCCCUUCUUGAGGUAUAGCAUGUUGAUGGCACCUUAGUUGCAUUACAGUAGCUGAAAUGCUGGAAUUCAGUGUUUGAAUAUGUUUUGUUUUUUUGGUUUUUUUUUUCACUACUUGCUGGAGCUCUCCAGGGUGAUUCAACUGUGUCAACCCAGUAGUGAAAGAAUUUCUACAGCUCCAACUAAGUGUUUUAAAACUAGUUAUUUGUGGUGUGUAACACACACCACGAAUUUAAGAUUAUAAUUUCAAGCUCUUCCUGUGAUGGUCUGUCAACAGUGAUUCUUAAAGUACUCCAGUUGCUUGUGUUUUUCUUCUUAGUUGUUUGGUUUUUUUUUUAAGUUGCAGGCAAUGAUCGAAGAGCUAGGUCAGUCCUACAGACUUCAUAAGCUCAGGUAGAAAACCUGUGGGAGCUUCCCUCCUCCCCUAAAUCCCUUCCCCCUGUUUUGCUGGGGAAUGAAAUGUUCUUUUCAAUUUCUUUCUGGCCAGAGCUUAUCAGUUGGGUGUUUUUGAUGGUGAGUUACAGGUUUCUAGAUGAGGAGGAUGUGUGGAAUGUGUUGUUCUCCUCACCUCCUUUUAUGGGAAGAACUCUUUGAACUUGAAGAUGUGUUAAGCUGAAGAAAUGGCAGUGUAGUUGUAGCAAUUGGAGACAUUUGUGCACUGCAGUUUUACUCUGCAGUCUCAUGCUCGGUUGCCUUCUUGUGUCAAUGUGCUUUUUUUUUUUUUCCCCAGCACAGUUUGUGGUUUAAUACCUUCUCCAUCACUGUCUUGGGAGAACACAGCAACCUCAUCUUCUGCUGCUUGACCAGAUACAUGAAUUUAUCAAACAAAAGGCAGAUGAAGCUUCCUCAGUGGGCCAACUCUAUUAAUGAAAGCUUGAUUUAUAAACUGCCUGGAGAGACCAUAUAAUCCAGCCUCCUGGCUUCACUAUGUCCAUUAUCACCUCUGGGAGAGAAAAUCUCCUUGGAAUAUCUCAAGUCCAUAUGGCUAUGUAUGAUGAAGAUAUCUUGAAAAAUCCCUUUUAUUUGGCCAUUCAGAAGCGACGUCCUGAUCUGUGCAGCAAAGUUGCAGAACUCCAUGGAAUUGUGCUAGUUCCAUGCAAAGGAAGCCUUUCAAGCAACAGUCUUUCUACCUGCCAGUUUGAAUCUUAUGUUCUGAAGCCACUAGAAGAAAACUUUCAAACCCUAAAUGGAAAGGAGAUCUUCAUACAAGGAAACCUCAUCAUUUUAGGAGCUGGUUUUAGUUACCAUCUCUCAGUACCUGUUCUCUUUGAGGAAACAUUUUACAAUGAAAAGGAAGAAAGCUUUAGUAUAUUGUGUAUAGCUCAUCCCCUGGAAAAAACAGAAAGCUCAAGUGAAUCUGCAGCUUCCUCAAACUCCUAUUCUCUUAAAAAUAUUGAAGAUGUUAGAGAGUUCUUGGGAAGGCACUGUGAGAGAUUUGAUAAGUACAUAGGAUCUUUCUACAGAACAUUUAAAGAACAUGAAAGGAAAAGCCUCCGCCACUAUAUAGAUUCUGUGAAUGCACUUUAUACCAAAUGUCUCCAGCAUCUUUUGAGAGAUUCGCACUUGAAGAUGCUUGCAAAGCAAGAAGAGCAGAUGAAUCUGAUCAAACAAGCAGUUGAAAUGUAUAUCCACCAUGCUAUUUAUGAUCUAGUCUUCAAAUACGUGGGAACUAUUGAGGCAAGUGAGGAUGCUGCUUUUAAUAAAAUCACCAGGAGCCUUCAAGACCUGCAGCAAAAAGACAUUGGAGUGAAACCUGAGUUCAGUUUUAAUAUACCACGUGCAAAGCGGGAACUGGGUCAGUUGAACAAAUGUACUUCUCCUCAACAGAAGCUACUUUGUCUGCGUAAAGUUGUACAAAUUAUUAUGCAGUCUCCUAGCCAAAGAGUUAACAUGGAAACCAUGUGUGCAGAUGAUCUUCUCUCUGUUUUGCUGUAUUUGCUUGUAAAAACAGAAAUCCCAAACUGGAUGGCCAACUUGAGUUACAUCAAGAACUUCAGGCUUUGCAGCUCAGUGAAGGAUGAGCUGGGAUACUGUCUAACCUCAGUUGAGGCUGCAAUAGAAUACAUACGACAAGGCAACCUGUCUGACAGACCCACAGAAUCUGAGAGUCUGUGUGACAAGCUGCUUUUAAGACAAAGGAUGAACUUGUUGUCCCAGAUGUCUGCUACACCGAUAGACUGCUUGUUUAAGCAUAUUGCUUCAGGUAACCAGGAGGAAGUGGAGCGAUUGCUAAGUCAAGGUGACAGUGAUAAGGACACUGUACAGAAAAUGUGCCACCCGCUCUGUUACUGUGACAAAUGCGAGAGGCUGGUUUCUGGGAAACUGAAUGAUCCCUCCAUUAUCACUCCAUUUUCCCGGGAUGACCGGGGAUACACACCACUUCACAUAGCUGCUAUUUGUGGGCAAACAUCACUAGUGGAUUUACUGGUAGCCAAAGGAGCCAUUGUCAAUGCUACAGAUUACCACGGUUCUACUCCACUUCACCUUGCCUGUCAGAAGGGAUAUCAAAAUGUUACACUGCUCUUAUUGCACUAUAAGGGAAGUACUGAUGUUCAGGACAAUAAUGGAAAUACUCCACUUCAUUUAGCCUGCACUUACGGUCAUGAGGAUUGUGUCAAAGCUUUAGUCUACUAUGAUGUGCAUUCCUGCAGACUAGAUAUUGGCAAUGAGAAGGGAGACACUCCUCUCCAUAUUGCUGCUCGCUGGGGCUAUCAAGGGAUCAUAGAAGUGCUUUUGCAGAAUGGGGCAAAUCCAGAAAUUCAAAACCGGAUGAAGGAGACUUCCCUACAGUGUGCAUUAAAUUCCAAGAUUUUGUCACUGAUGGAAUUAAACUAUCUAACGUUUGAAAGAGGACAAAGUGCUUCUGAGUCACCACUUAGGUCUCCUCAGCUCUCAACAGAAACUUUCAGCAGAGGAUCAUCUGUCUCAAGCCUGUCGUCAGCAUCAACUGAUAUAAGGCAAGAAGAAGUAAAAAACAGUUAUAAAGAGGUGGAAAAACUCCUGAGAGCAGUUGCUGAUGGAGAUCUGGAAAUGGUACGUUAUCUCUUGGAAUGGGUGGAAGAAGACUUGGAAGAUGAGGAUGACACAGUCAGUACAUCAAAACCAGAAUUCUGCCAUCCAUUAUGCCAGUGCUCAAAAUGCGGGCCAGCACAAAAGAAAUUUUCAAGGAUCUCUGCCAAUGGGCUGGGAGUGAACGUUUCCAACCAGGAUGGUUUUACUCCGCUGCACAUGGCAGCGCUGCACGGGCGCUCCGAGCUUGUCUCGCUCCUGCUGAAACACGGGGCCAGUGUCAGUGCCAAGAAUGCAAAACACGCAGCUCCUCUUCACCUGGCCUGCCAGAAAGGGCACUUCCAGGUGGUAAAGUGUCUGAUGGAUUACAAUGCUAAACAAAACAAAAAGGAUAUAUAUGGAAAUACUCCUUUAAUUUAUGCAUGCUUGAAUGGUCACUAUGAGACUACUGCCCUGUUGUUACAGCGUGGAGCCUCUGUGAACCUUUCCAAUGCCAGGGGCAACACAGCCCUGCACGAGGCCGUGGUGGGGAGGAACGAGGCCCUGGUGGAUCUGCUCCUGCAGAGCGGGGCCCUGACACACCUGAGGAACGACAGGAGCUGCACCCCUGCAGACUGUGCUGAGCCCAACUCAAAUAUCAUGAAGUUGCUGGAAGCAGCACCAAGCUCUGUACCCACAUCAGCAGAAGGAGAGAAGGAGAGUGAGCAGCAUGCUACUGUCAAGAUAAGGAAAAAAGUGCAUUCUAAGCCCUGUGAGAAAGCCGAUGAUCCCAUAAGCAGACAACUUCAACUGGUCCAAUCAAUUAACAGAUUUAACAAAGAAAAACAUUUACGGAGAACAAUAACAAGAGAUAAAAGUGUCCCUAAUUUUGACUAUCAGUUACUGCACCAGAUGGCUAUUAAAAGCUUUGAUAAAACCAAGUUAAAGUCUGUGGGAACGCUGGCCCAGAGCACAGUUGAGGGUGUGGACACGGGAAGCAGUGGGGAGUUUGUGGAACACGAUGACACGAUGGAAGUUCCUCACAGGAGCAAGUUAAUGCAGCGCAGACACACAGUUAACGUGCCCCUUCCAGCAGAGGAUGGCAGUGACAGUGGUUCAUCCAGCCCUGGAAGUCUGGGUGUUUCACAAUCACAAGACUGCUGUGAGGACUCCGUCUCAGGUCACUGAAUUGGAUGCCAAAAGCUGAGGAACUCGGUGGUGUGAGCUUUGUUACCCUUUCACUGUGUGUCAAAGACGUCAGUGCCACUCGCAGGCCUGUGCUCAGAGCAGAGGACAGGACAGCUCUGCAGCACAAACUGAAUGUUUUAGCACUUUGAAGACUGACUCCUGUUUAUGGUGGAGGUAACUAACAGCCAGAUCAUUACUGAUCUCACAAACAGGGACAUACCAAGAUGUAGACAGCAGAAUCACCUUCCUAUCCUACUUAGCACUUAUUAAAAAAUUCUGUGUAACAGUAAACCAAAUGAAACCCUGUAUUGUAUUUUUCAGCCACCCACUUUGUUUUAAAAGUCUUUGAAUAAUUUUUGCAUUUUUCAGUUUUUAUCACUACAUUGAGAAUAUAUUUAUAUAUAUAUAAAAAGAUAUAUUGGAUAACAAGGUAUUUAUUGCCAGAGAUAACUGAAAUGUCUCUAUUUUUAUUGUAAUGUUACAAACCAUUAUAGUAUAUAUUUCUGUAUAGUUCAGUAGCUGGGCAGACAAUAGUGCAUAACAUCUGCAGCACUGCAUUAUUAAUGUGAAGGGAUGCAAUCCUUGCUGAUUCCUUGGCAAUGCUCCCCUGUAUUAGAGCUGCAGCAUCAAGAUCCUACACAGGAGCCAAAAUACUGGGGAAAAAGUGGAGAGCCCUUGACAAAGCUGAACUUUGGACUUGCUGUUCACAGCCUAAUAAAAAACAAUGCAGAAGCGUGUAGGGACACACAGAAUAGUUGGGUUUUCCCUUCCUCUAAAGCAAGUAGUGCCAAAAUGCACAACUGUUCAUGAUUCUGAACCUGGGCAACAUCUGCAGACAGAACUGCUUAGGAGCCUGCUCUGGACUGCUCUUAAAAAGGUGACAUUCCCAUAUGAAAGGUACUUCUCUCAUCAGUGAGCUUUGGUUGGAAUAGGCCAAAUCCCACCCCAUUCCCCGGGGUGAUCUCUGAAAGCUCACAGGGAACUACGAGGUGGCUGCUUAGAUUUCAACUUCAUUUUCCACUGUUCAGUUACAUGUAAAUAGAACAAGCCAGGUUUGGCAGUGCAGGAUUUUUUAUUCUUGGCUCAUCACAUCCAGCUUGCCUUUUAUUUCUAUUUCCAAACUAUUUUUAUGGAUAACUUUCUUUUAACUGUGGUAUUAGUAACCUGCCUGGCAAAGUACAAAGCUGGAAGACAGACUGAUGGGUUUUUCAAAUAACUUUUUAAUCUAAGAGUUAAAAUGUCAAAUGACAUUUGGAUUUGAUGGUAAUGUGUUUAUUUUUCUAAUAAUUUAUGAGUUCAUAUGAUUUUCUGAUGUGCCUUGGAUUUGUGCCAAAUGAUAGAAAGCAAAAACUAGUAAAAUAACUCUUGAAAAA